AUGGCGCACACGCGACCCCUAUCAGCGUUGUCGCUUGCCGUCGCAUGCGCGAUGCUUCUCUGUGUCGCCGUCACCCAGUCGCGCGCCUCACCGACUAUCCCACAGAUAAAGGCGGAGCUGAAGAAAUGCCGCGCGGCCAUGGCGAAACUGUCCGACUACAAGGCGUACCUCCAAGGAAUCGACGAGAUGCUGAAGCGUUCUCCCGCGGACAUGAAGGGAUUAUUCAACACCACUCUCCUAAUUCCCACCAACAAGGGCCUCUACGCCCUGGGACUCAGAACCCUCACCAACAUGACUGCCAUGACCGUCAUUGGCCAGUAUAACGUGCUGACUAAGCGUUACACUUCUGCACAGCUGGCAAAGCUAGCUCCCGGGGCCAAGAUUCGGAGCGUGCUGCGAGGCGUGCCGAUCCAGGAUAAGAGGGAAGUGGUGGAUGUUGGUGAUGGCAGGCGGUGUGAUGUAGAGGUUGAUGUGAGUAGAAUUGUUGACUGGAAAGGAUGUAGUGGUGAUUUUUAUGAGCUAUGA